UUGUUGCCAAAAUGACUCUUCUGCCGAAUCAGGCACAGUGACAGCCAGGCAGGGGCACAUCUGCAACGCGACAGUCUUGUAAGGUAACUCGAUACAAUCUGUAGAUUAUUUGGCGAAAUUCAAUUUUGUGGAUGACACAAAAGACAACUGAUAUGUUACUGUUCGCUAGGUGCAAGCUAGCGGUGUGAGGCAGUCAAGCCAGCAAUGUCCACUGGUGUUAGCUAGCCUGCUAGCCCUGCAAUUUACUCUACUCAGUGAUUGAAUAAUGAUAGCCAGCUAUCGCAACCUAAGCAAACAUUUACUUUCCGGGGAUGAAACAAAGUGUCUAGAUAGCUAACGUUAGCUAUAUCUCGUGGGAAGAUUUUGCCCAAACCUCACAUACAAUAGCCUAGUUCAAAGCCUUACUUGGCUAGCUACUAGGCAACUUAACGAUGACAGCUGACAUGGGCUCUGUCCAUGGGCGGUUUCACUGAAUCAUCUGUAGUCUAGCUGAACUGUGGGCACCGUUGCAACGUUAGGCAAACUGGUCCACGAGUGGUUGCACUGUAGCUAGCGUGUGACUGGACAGCUAUGCAAAAUUCUGUUUGUCACUGGCUCACACAUUAUUUUCGGGCUGUGCGUUAUUGCCGAGCCCUGCCUUGUGGUAUUGAUUCGUAUAAUGAGUGAUCAUUAUGUAAAAGUGAAGGUUCAACUCGAACAAAUGAAAUCAUCCGGCGAGGGUGUGGAGAAGGAGGAGGCAGAUAUGAUCGAGGUGCUGGUGGCAUCCCCGGAGGUGCUGGUGGCAUCCCCGCCCGCAUCUGUCUCCCCAGUCCCGGCUAGUUGUACCCCCGCAGCCCAAAGGGAACCACCCAAGACCUCUGUCACUUGCAGGAAUCAGAGUAAAAGUAGGAGAAAACUAGGCAAAGAUGAGAAGAACACCGGCACCAAGCAGGAUUCAGUCCCUGCACUGCAAGGGACAAUAGUAGCUUCCAAUGCCAAUUUGGGGAAACCUGUGAAUCGAAAAGACCAUGAGCAGCAGACGCUUCAAAUCAAAGGGACUGGGAAGAUGCUGCAGGGGAAGACGGAAACAAAUGGGAACGCUGUUCCCAUCCACCUGCCAGAAGACAACAAAGUAGACCCACACAACAAAGAGGACGCCAACAAAGUUGCGAAGAGGAGGAAGCCAGUCACCGUGGACACGUUCAAAGCCAAAACCUCUUUGGAGGCACUGAAGCUCAGCAUCAGGCAGCUCAAAUGGAAAGAGUUCCCUGUGGGUAGACGGUCUGCCUGUGACAUCUACUGGCAUGGUGUCUCUUUCCAUGACAAUGACAACAUCAUCUCUGGACAGGUCAACAAGUUCCCAGGUAUGAUUGAGAUGCUGAGGAAGAUCAACCUGACCCGAGCUGUAAGGACCAUGCAGGAGCUGUUCCCUGAGGAGUACAACUUCUACCCCCGCUCCUGGAUCCUGCCCGAGGAGUACCAGCUCUUCUCCACACAGAUCAGUCUGGCCAAGGACGGUGAUGUGUCCCAGAAGCCCACCUUCAUCAUCAAGCCGGACGGAGGGUCCCAGGGGGAUGGCAUCUACCUCAUCCGUGACCCCGGCGACCUCAGGGUCAUAGCGGGGUCACAUACCAAGCAGUCCGUGGUCCAGGAGUACAUCCACAAGCCCCUGCUCAUCGACAAGCUCAAGUUCGAUAUCCGUCUCUACGUGCUGGUCAAGUCCCUGGAGCCGCUGGAGAUCUAUAUCGCGAAAGAGGGUCUGUCGCGUUUCUGCACCGAGCCAUACCAGGAGCCCAGUCAGAAGAACCUGAGCCACGUGUUCAUGCACCUGACCAACUACUCUCUCAACGUCCAGAGUGGGAACUUUGUCCACUCCGACAGCCUGUCGUCGGGCAGCAAGCGCACCUUCUCCAGCGUGCUCUACCGCCUGGCCUCUAAAGGAGUGGACAUUAAGAAGGUGUGGUCAGACAUCAUCUCUCUGGUCAUCAAGACGAUCAUCGCCCUGGUUCCUGAGCUCAAGGUUUACUACCAGGCCGACAUACCGCCCGGCAAACCAGGACCCACUUGUUUCCAGAUCUUAGGAUUUGACAUCCUCCUGAUGAAGAACCUAAAGCCAGUUUUACUGGAGGUCAACGCCAACCCCAGUAUGAGAAUAGAACACGAGCAGGAAGUGUCCCCGGGGGUGUUUGAGUACGUCCCCAGCCCAGUAGACGAGGAGGUGAAGGUGGGAGUCAUUAGGGACACACUUCGUCUCAUGGACCCUGCUCAGAAGAAAUCACUAACGUCCUACCCAGAGCACCAGCAGGAGGAGCUGUCGGGGUCACCAGUGAGGGGGGCUGGGGAGGAGGGGCGUGUCCUACCCUCUAUGUGUCUGAAGCAGGUGUUCCCUAAGUACACCAAGCAGUUCAGCUACCUGCGGACCGUGGAGCGCAUCACUGCCCUCUUCCUGCGCUUCCUGGGCGUCAAGGGCAACAUGCGCCUGGGGCCCACUGGCUUCAGAACCUUCAUCAGGAACUGUAAACUGAGCAACAGUCACUUCUCCAUGGCGACUGUGGAUAUCCUCUACAUCGACGUCACACGACGCUGGGCCAGCAUGCUGCCUGGCUCCAGAGAAGCGGGGAUGGGUCUGCAGGCAUUUGUAGAGGCCUUCUUCUACCUGGCCCAGCGCCGGUUCAAGUCCCUCCCCCUGAGGGAGCAGGUGGUGUCCCUGCUGGAGGUGUGUGAGGCUCAGCUGGAGAACCAGGGAAGAGGGGAUCCUGGAGGAGCUCUACCCGAGGACAGCACCUCCUCCACCAGGCGCUCUGUAAGCUGCGGCAGGACCCAGCCAGUCAGGACUGUACACCCCCACCAUAUGUCAACCUCCACCCCAGGCCAGGCUCUGUCGGCCCCCCAGCUCUGCUCCCCGGCCACCCCGCGCAGGGCCUCGUCCCAAGACUACAGGCUGCAUCAGAGACUACGUCCCACACACAAGGGCAAUGUAGAGAACUGACCCGACUGGGGCCUAAGGAGCAAUACUCACACACGCUCACACACACACACACACACACACACACACACACACACACACACUCCUAACAGAGGAACACAAAGACUGGCUCCCCCAGGGGGUCCUGUUGAGAGAAGAGACACAGAUUGUUGGGAGCUGACCUCAGAGGCUCAGCACCAUGAGGCCUUUUCUGGAAUUCAUUACUUUCCUUUAAAAGGAGAGGAGGAAGUCCACAGGGUGGUUGAGGAAGUGGGAGAACGAGGUAUGAAGGGGGUGUGUGUGUGUGUGUGUCAAGAAAGGUCACUCAGGUCCAGAGGGGGAGAUGGUUGGUUGUAAGGCCCUGCUUGAGAUGCAAUUAUUGAUUAAUAACUUCAGGGUAGGUUGUGUCUCGCUUCAGCCCUGUUGAGCAACCCACUGAGCAAUCACACACACACACGCUCUCUCUUCAGGGAAAUCGACGCACGUACUGCAGUUUUACACACAGUGUAUGUUGCGGGUAUGGAUCUGAGCAAUUCCACGAUAGCUUUAGAACCUACAACAUUUGCACAGAUGUGUGUGUGUGUGUGUGUGUUUAGUGUAUUUGAGAUAACGGCCAUAAACUGUAAUGGCCAGCGGUUCUGCCAUUCAGCUGUUCCUGCUCACAGAACCAAUCAGUGAUGAGAUGUCUCAUCAUUGUACCAAAGGGAAAAGGACAUCCUCCCAGACCGUUCUACCCAAUCACAAAUCGUCCCUUAGCCCAACAGUACCCCCCCAUGCACUGAAGACCACCUGAGAAGAUUGGAUGGUAUAUAAGUAAUAUGAAGAAAAAAAACAGCCUAUCUGAAGACAAAGUCAAGUAAUUAAUGAUUUGCCAAUACCUAUCAUAUACUCUCAGAUCUCCAGUGUGUAGGUCAUAUGGGCUUUGGUUUGAUUUGGGACUGGGCAUUUCCUCUCCUUUCAUAACAGCAGCUACUCCAAUAACAUAGCAGCCUUAGACAAACAGCAGUGAGCGAGACAGAUGGUUACUCAAAAUGGCCGCCACAGACCCAAAUAGGAGCGCGUCUCCUUUGCUUUGACGCCCUUCAUGGGGAAUAGGAAGUUACGAGACCGAACCAGGACUGUAAUCAGGAGAAUGCUGUUAUUCAACACUGCUUGUUUACGAAUACUUGUGUCAUCCGUAUCCAUAGGAAUGUUUUGUAUUGUAUUUGAUUUAGUUAGUUUUUCCUCCACGUCACUUAUUCCCUCCAGUCAGUGUCACCUAUAAACAGUUGCCGCUUGCCGGAGAAUGAAACUAAACACUGAAGCUAUCAUCUUGGUUCCUUCAGUACCAUAUGGGCUGCUGCUUGUUCACAAGCUCAUCAUUAAGAACACACACUACACUACUAAGACUAUAGACGUUUGCGCCAUCUACUACUGUACUCCACCACAGCAUCUGAGAAAAUAGAUACUCAACCAUGACCUCCAUUGGGAUGUAUUGUGCGUCUGUUCAUUGCACUGCAAUGCAGAAUAAAGGACUGUAUUUAAACCA